CCCCGUAGCACCUGGGACCGGCAGAACAACUCGGGCCUGCUUCCCUGCCCCUGGCUAUGGCUGCCCAGCAUCUCGCACUCCUUCUGAGUGGGGUCCUCCUGGCAGUCUCCCUGCCAACCCUGGCCGAGAAGGACGGACUGCUCGUCUUCCCAGGCCAAGUGGCCCAGCUCUCCUGCACGAUCAUCCCGCGCCACGCCACCAUCGGGGACCACGGGGUGUCCUGGUACCAGCAGCGAGCCGGCAGAGCCCCCCGCUUCCUCCUCUACUACCGCUCCAAGGAGGAUCACCACCGGCCGGCUCACAUCCCCGAGCGCUUCUCGGCCAUGGUGGACACUGCCCGCAACGUCUGCGUCCUGACCAUCAGCCCCGUGCAGCCCGAGGACGAUGCUGAUUACUACUGUUCUGUGGGCUACAACUUGGACCCCUAGGGACAAGGGAGGGACGAGGGUCUCGAGGCCACCUCCACCGGGGCCUAUCUCUAAUGUCCUCUGAGCCUCGCUUUUGCCCCUCUGUGAAAUGGGUUAAUAAAAUGCACCAUGCCAACAGCA